AUGACUACUGUGGCUCCUAUGGAUAUUCGUACUUUCUCUGAUUUUGUAAAUAAGGCGAGGGUGGUUGAGGUGUAUGCAAAAACAGCAGCUUCGUCCAAGGACACUCAUCAAGGGAAUACUAGUAGGGACGUGGCAAGCUUUUCCAUCCGAGGGGUCAAAGUUUCAAGAAAGGAGGAUAUGUGCCUUAAGGGCAAGGAGGCUUUAGAGAGAACACUCAGAAUCAGUUUUAGUAUGCCAAGGGAAGAGGAAAUCAGAAUUGGUUUCGGUGGUUGCUUCAACUGUGGGUUACCUGGUCACAUUGCGAGGGAUUGCACUCGUGGAAAAAACCCGAAUGCGAUUCAAAGUCAGCACCAAGGUCGAGUUUUUGCUGUGAACACCAAGGAUGCUUCCACGGCGGAUCCGUUGAUGAGAGGUAUAUGUUCAAUUGGUGAUAAAACAUUAAUUGCAUUGUAUGAUAUUGGAGCUUUGCAUUCGUUUAUUUUGUUUGCUAAAGUUGAAGAACUAGGCUUGAAAGUGUCAGAGUUAGUGUUUAAUUUGCAUACUCUGGAACAAGGGAGUAUCCUGAACCUACACCGAGGUAUUGACGGCGAUUCUCAAAUAUCGCAAAACCAAACGGGAUACGAUGAGAUAGAAUGCAAUAGAGACAAACAAAAGACAAGGGGAACGGGUUACCUACUUUUAACGGUCAAAGCGAACCUGUCAGGGUGUAGGCAAGUAGGUUUCAAGCUUGAGGGUAGAGACUUCCUGCAUGACUUGAUUUGUUUACCAAUGGUUGGGUUGGAGAUGAUUUUGGGGUUUAAUUGGUUGUCGAAGAAUCAGGUUUUAUUGGAUUGCUUUGAGUGGUCAAUUCAGUUAAUGCCGAAAGGAGAAAAUAGAGCAGUGAUAGCUGAGGGGUACUACAUGUACUCUGUAAUGGUGCACUGUAGUGGGGAAGAGUGUCAGGGUUAUAUCUUGUUGGAUACUAAUACCUUGGGUGAUGCCCAGAACUUAGAGCAGAUUUCGGUAGUUAGAGACUUUUCGGAAGUGUUCCCAGAGGAUAUUCCUGAGUUUCCACCUCAAAGGGAGAUUGAAUUUGUGAUUGAAUUGGUGUCGGGAGCUGGAGUAGUGUCGAUUACUCCGUAUCGUAUGGCUCCGAUAGAGCUUGCUAAAUUAAAGGCUCAGUUGGAAGAGCUUCUGAACAAGAGGUUCAUUCGACCAAGUGUAUCUCCAUGGGGAGUGUCAGUUUUAUUGGUGGAGAAGAAGGAUGGAGGAAUGCGAUUGUGUGUGGAUUACGGAUAG